AUGGCUGACUUAGGGGGCCAGCAAGGCCGGAAUUACCGGCCUUACGGGCACCCCUCUUCGCACCAGCGUGAUGCUGCAUUUUCAGAGAUCUUUGGCGGAGCACCGCCGCCGGGUCGCUCCCAGACCAUGACUUCUCAGACCCCCCAGUUCUCCCAGGAUCGGGCCCACACAAUGUCCUCCCAUGUACCACACCCUCAAAUGCAGAGAGGACCACCGCCACCGACUCGCCAGAUAUCAAAUGGAUAUGCGCCAGCUCCCUCGCAGCAAAAUGGAUUUUACCAAGCAUACCCAGGGCACGGUUCCAUGCCUUCUCAACAGCAGCAGCAGCAACAGCAACAACAGCAACAGCAACCUCCUCCGAACCCCAAUCGACCCUACCCGGGCCGCUUUGCCUACCCUCAACCUCAGCGUUUGGAUUCGAGACCGAACCCGGGGCCGCAAUACCCAGAUCCCAAGGGGUAUAACCGACCAGUGCCCCACCCGGCAUUGAAUUCGGAUGCCUACAGAUCGAGGUCAAUGGCAAGAAUGGGAGGUCCGCCGAUAUACCAACCUCCACCGAGCAGUUUCAACCAUACCUCUGCAAGCGCUUUUCGCCAGCAACCUUAUAACCCGACCAAUCCAAUCACUGCUCAGGGCCGUGUGGUACCGGAAAGACAUGGCAACGAACGCGCCAUGUCUUUAACUUCCUACUCUACUGAUCGUGAGCCAACUCACACGACAAGCACCGGAAGAGUGAUCCCGAAUAGAAGACAACCAUCGGACGCCAGUCAGCCGCCUGUCGGUCCGAAUGAGAUGGACCAUACCAAUUCGCAGAACAUCAACGGCAGACCCCGACCACCAAGCGAUGGCUCAACAGCCUCUCGAUCCUUUUCCAUGGCCUCAACUGUUAUUCCAGACCGCACCAUGAGCAUGCAGAGCAACUUGACUCACAGGCCAAGCACCCAGACAACCACAACGCUUGUCUCAAAUAACUCUCGCCGAAGUAAAGUACCUCUAGUUUAUCCAGCGCUUCUAUCGCGUGUAGCAGAUAUUUUCCGAGAAAGAAUUGCGCUCAGCGAGCGGCAAAAGAACGGGCUGUCGUACCAGAAUGCCUUUUCUGGCGCAGAUGCAGUUGACCUAAUCGCUGGUAUUAUCAAAACCACCGAUCGGAAUCUUGCUCUUCUUCUAGGACGUGCAUUGGAUGCGCAAAAGUUUUUUCAUGAUGUGACUUAUGACCAUCGCCUUCGAGAUGCUCCCGGAGAAAUUUAUCAAUUCAAGGAAACCAUGGGAGAGGAGGCGCCUAGCUCCGAAGUCAAUGGCGUGUUCACCCUUUUGACCGAAUGCUACUCCCCGACCUGUACCCGGGAAAGCCUCUGUUAUUCAAUCGCUUGUCCUAGGCGACUAGAGCAGCAGGCAAGGUUGAAUAUGAAGCCGCUCCCGGGUCUGCGGACCUCUUCUUCAAAGGGCAGUCUGCAUGGUGAUGAUGACAACGACGAUAACCAAAAACUAUGGAUUAACAUGGUACCCAAAGAGGUUUCUGACAGCGUUGACGAUCGAGAAAAGAAGCGCCAGGAAAUCAUCUUUGAGAUCAUGUACACAGAGCGCGACUUUGUGAAGGACUUGGAAUAUUUACGUGAUUUUUGGAUGAGGCCCCUGCGCUCCGCCACCAACACAACUCUUUCCCCGAUUCCAGAACACCGCCGAGAGAAGUUUAUUCGAACUGUGUUUGGAAAUUGUUUGGAUGUCCUCAAGGUCAACGGUGCGUUAUCUGAGGCUCUCAACGCAAGGCAAAAGGAAAGUCAUGUUGUAAGAACGAUUGGCGACAUCUUCCUUCAGCAUGUGCCACGUUUUGAUCCCUUCAUCAAAUACGGUGCCAAUCAGUUGUACGGCCGAUAUGAAUUUGAGAAGGAAAAGUCAUCCAACCCGGCAUUUGCGAGAUUCGUCGAAGAGACAGAGCGUUUGAAGGAGUCCCGGAAGCUGGAGUUGAAUGGGUACUUGACCAAACCAACUACUCGUCUUGCGAGGUAUCCUCUUUUGCUUGAACAAGUUGCCAAAUAUACCGCAGAUGGCAAUCCCGAUAAAGAUGAUAUCCCUAACGCUGUUAAAAUCAUCAAGGACUUCUUGAGCCGAGUCAAUGCUGAAAGUGGAAGGGCAGAAAAUCACUUCAACUUGGUGCAGCUCAAUUCGGCUUUGAAAUUCGGUCCUGGUGACUACGUGGACCUCAAACUGACGGAAGAAAAUCGGCAGAUGCUAUCAAAGAUGGCAUUUAAGAAAACGCCCACAGACACAUCCGAGGUGACUGCAUACCUCUUUGACCAUGCAGUUCUACUUGUGAGGAUCAAAGUCGUGAACAAGCGCGAAGAGUACCGAGUUUACAGAAAGCCAAUUCCCCUGGAACUCUUAGUCAUCGCCCAAAUGGACGAAGUCAUCCCCAGGCUCGGCAUCCCUAAACGACCGUCAUCCAGUUUACUCUCCAACAAGGCUGCCGCGGCCCCUCCUGCAGCCAAGGACAGUACGCUUCCCAUCACUUUUCGGCAUCUAGGCAAGGGUGGAUAUGAACAAACGCUGUACGGUACCUCUCCACAGCAACGGAAAAAAUUUAUAGAAUUGGUGGAUGAACAACAAAGGAAGCUCAGAGAGCGCAACAGUAAUUUCUAUAACAGGACUGUUCUCUGCGAGAAUUUCUUCAGUGCAGUCAACAGAGUGAACUGUCUUGUCCCAAUAGAUGGGGGCAGGAAAUUGGUGUAUGGUACAGAUAGCGGUAUAUAUCUUUCAGACCGUUGGCCAAAGGAUAAGUCGGCGAAGCCCAGGAGAGUUCUUGACGCUAGUCAAGUUACCCAGAUAGACACGCUGGAGGAGUACCAGCUACUUUUGGUUUUAGCAAAUAAAACCUUAUCUUCUUAUCCCAUGGAGGCUCUGGAAGUCAAUGAAGGUCAAAAUUCAUUGGCUAAACGGCCGAAGAAGAUUCAAGGCCAUGCAAACUUUUUCAAAGCUGGUAUAGGACUUGGUCGUCAUUUGGUGUGCUCUGUCAAAACUUCGGCGCUAUCAACCACUAUCAAGGUGUACGAGCCGAUGGACAAUCUAGCAAAGGGGAAGAAGAAGUCUGCCGUUAGCAAGAUGUUCCAAGGCGGACAAGACACCUUGAAACCAUUCAAGGAAUACUACAUCCCUGCGGAAUCAUCAUCGAUUCACUACCUUCGAUCCACGCUUUGUGUCGGCUGUGCACGUGGUUUCGAAGUUGUCAGUUUGGAGACUACGGAGACUCAAUCUCUACUAGACCAAGCCGACACUUCAUUGGACUUUGUUGCACGUAAAGAAAACGUGAAGCCAAUUCACAUUGAGCGAAUGAAUGGAGAGUUCCUGCUUAAUUACAGCGACUUUUCAUUCUUCGUAAACCGCAACGGUUGGCGCGCACGGCCCGACUGGAAAAUCUCUUGGGAAGGUAAUCCCAACGCAUUCGCCCUUUCCUAUCCUUACAUCCUUGCCUUCGAGCCGAACUUCAUAGAGAUCAGGCAUAUCGAGACUAGCGAAUUAAUCCAUAUCAUGACCGGGAAAAACAUUCGCAUGCUUCAUUCUUCUACACGAGAGAUCCUCUAUGCCUACGAAGACGACGGAGGAGAAGAUGUUGUGGCCAGCUUGGAUUUCUGGAACAAGCCACAGCACUAA